UCGACUCGAAUUUCGUACGGGCCCACGGAAUGAGACCGACAGUGUAUAUACGUAUAUAUGCAUAUUCCGUCCGUCCGCCCGCCUCAUAGACUACAGAAAACUCGCGUCUGUGUCUCAGUCAUUGAGUCGACGCCGUCCCGACUGGGCGUCUGCUGUAUCCCGAAAACAGGCGAAAAAGAGAUUCGACAGCACAUCAUGGCGCAGGCGUUAACGAUUCAAAUGUCCCGCUCGGGCAACCAACAACCGUGGGGAUUUCGGCUUCAAGGCGGAUUGGAUUUCGCGACUCCGCUUACCGUUUUGAGGGUGAAUAUGGGAAGUUUGUCGGAGAGCGCCGGAUUGAAGGCUGGCGAUGUCAUUUUGAGGGUCAACGAGGUCGACGUGAUGCGUUUACGUCAUCAAGAAGCUCUGGACGCUAUUGCCCAAGCUGGGAAUCAAUUCCAGCUGCAUAUCGGACGGGCUGGAAUAUGGAAGCCGCAAGUGACGCCGUUGGCCGAACCCGUUCAGGCUCCAACUGGCGAAUCUUUGUUGACCAAAACAUCUCUAGCUCUUCAUCACGAAGAAGCUCAAAGGAUCGGAUCCGCUCAUAAUACCAAAGCGGCCCCAUUCACUUCUUCGGUUAAGGAUGAAGCCAAGACGUUGAAUCGUCAACAAUUCAACUCCCCGAUGGGAUUGUACAGCGAGGAAAAGAUUGCCGAAACUUUGACGUCGCAAGCUGAAGUCCUGUCUCAAGGAGUUCUAGGGAUCAAUUUUAAGAAAAACGAAAAGAUCUACGACUCCACCAAUAGCGAAGUCUUGAAAAUGCUUCAAGAAAUGGACAAGGAGCCGCAGGAUGAGCCUGAUGAAGAUCCGGCGGAAGUGACUCACCGUGCUGUUGCGGUUAAUCCGCCGAUUAAGAGCCAAGCUCCCCAGCAGCAGCCGUUUGUCGUUCACCACCCAGUCGUUCAGCAACAACAACAACAACCUAAACAACAGCCGGUUGUCAUUCAUCAUCCCAUCCACCAACAACAACCGCAACAACAACAACAACAACAAUACGUACCGGUUGCAGCACCUGUGACGUCACUGGUUGGUCCAAUGUCCGCCCCGGUGGCCCCAGUGUCACGUCCGGCCGGAGUCCGGUCCGUGACUGCGCCCACGGCGCCGGCCAAUAAAAGUUUCAAGGGUCCUGAACCUCCGCAAGCCACGGCUGAUAAUCCGAGAUGUGCCGAAUGUGAUCGGCUCAUUGUGGGAGUGUUUGUCCGCUUAAAGGAAAAGAAUUUGCACGUCGAAUGUUUCAAAUGUUCAACGUGCGGCACUUCACUCAAAAACGUUGGAUAUUACAAACUCAAUAACAAAUUGUAUUGCGACGUUCACGCCAAAUUGGUGGCUAGUCAUCAACCACCGGCUCCUGAUUUGACCCCCAUCACUGUCAAGCCGGGAGCGCCAAUCCCGAAGAAUGCCCUAACAACUGAAGUGGCAGCCAAACAGCUGGGGGCUUCUCUGAUGUCGAUGGCUUCUGGACCACCUCCAGUAGGCGGCGUUCGCAUCUUCCCGCCACCAUCGUUCAAAUAAUAUUAUUAGAUUUUAUUUAAAAAUGGGAAGAAGAAGAAGAAAAAAAAAGGAAAAAAUUUGAAAAACGCACGUCAAUCUCGGCCAAUCCCGACCCACCUCUACACACCCAACGCAUAACUUGAUAUUGCCUGCGUCCUUUAUAAUUUGUAUAAUAAUAAUAUUAAUAAUAUACUUUUAAAUUUAACCCACUAUUAUUUGACUAAAUUUUAUAUUAUGGCACAAACAAACAAACACACACACAAAACCCAAAGUCAUUUAAAUAUUAAUCCAAUCUUAUCUUGCAUUUGAUUUCUUGUGAUGUUUCACGUCAUUAUGAACUGAUAUGAGGAAUAAAAAGAAAAAUCUCAAAAGUUA